CAAAACAUUAGACUUGUAAACGGGUAUACAGCUGCGAUGGGUAGAGUUGAGAUUAUGAAUAACGGUACGUGGGGAACUGUUUGUGAUGACGAGUGGGACGACAAUGAUGCUGCUGUAGUGUGUUCAAUGCUAGGAUUUUCAAGGGAAAAUGCGGUUGCGAAGAAGGAGGCUUUCUUUGGAGCAGGAUCUGGAACUAUAUGGAUGGAUGAGGUUGAAUGUACAGGGACUGAGGUUAAUUUAUUUCAGUGCCCCAAAUCAGAACUUGGUGUACACAAUUGUGGCCAUAGCGAAGAUUCUGGAGUUGUUUGCUCGUUAGAUACUAUAAGGCUUGUCAAUGGAUCGUUACCCUAUCAGGGACGGGUAGAGAUUAAACAUAACGGUGUUUGGGGUACAGUGUGUGAUGACGGAUGGGACAAAAUGGCCGCAGCUGUUGUCUGUUUCAUGCUUGGCUUUCCAAGAAAUUUUGCAACAGCCAAAUCCGGAGCAUUUUAUGGACAAGGAAGUGGUAAAAUCUGGAUUGACGAUAUAUCAUGUAGUGGUCAUGAAUCCAAUAUAUUGCACUGUAAUAGUUCAGCAAUAGGCAAACAUAACUGUCAACACAGCGAGGAUGCAGGAGUUAUUUGUUUACAUGCUCAAAACAUUAGACUUGUAAACGGGUAUACAGCUGCGAUGGGUAGAGUUGAGAUUAAGAAUAGCGGUACCUGGGGAACUGUUUGUGAUGACGAAUGGGACGACAAUGAUGCUGCUGUAGUGUGCUCAAUGCUCGGAUUUUCAAGGGAAAAUGCAGUGGCCAAGAAGAGAGCUUUCUUUGGACCAGGACAUGGAACUAUAUGGAUGGACCAGGUUGAAUGUAGAGGAACCGAGAUUAAUUUAUUUCAGUGUCCUAAAUCAGCUCUUGGUGAACACGAUUGUACCCAUGGUGAAGAUGCAGCAGUUAUUUGCUCAUUAGAUACUAUCAGGCUUGUCAAUGGAUCGUUGCCGUAUGAGGGACGGGUAGAGAUUAAACAUAACGGUGUUUGGGGUACAGUGUGUGAUGACGGAUUGGACAAAAAGGAUGCAGCUGUUGUCUGUUCCAUGCUUGGCUUUCCAAGAAAUUUUGCAACAGCCAAAUCAAACGCAUUUUAUGGACAAGGAAGUGGUAAAAUUUGGAUUGACGAUAUAUCAUGUGGUGGUCAUGAAUCCAAUAUAUUGCAAUGUAAUAGUUCAGCAUUAGGCACACAUAACUGUCAACACAGCGAGGAUGCAGGAGUACUCUGUUCACCUGUUCAAAAAGUUCGACUUCUAAAUGGGUACACAACUGCAAUGGGCCGAGUGGAGAUACAAAGAAAAGGUGCAUGGGGAACUAUUUGUGAUAAUGAUUGGGACGACAAUGAAGCCGCCGUAGUGUGUUCAAUGCUUGGAUUUUCAAGGAAAAAUGCUGUGGCCAGAAAUGGGGCUUUCUUUGGACCAGGACAAGGACCUAUAUGGAUGGACGAUGUUAAAUGUACAGGAAGUGAGGCUAAUUUAUUCCAGUGUCCUAAAGCAGAAAUUGGUGACCACAUUUGUGUUCAUAGCAAAGAUUCGGGAGUCAGUUGCUCAUUAGAUAUACGGCUUGUCAACGGGUCCUCGGCUUAUGAAGGACGGGUUGAGGUGAAAUUCAAUGAUGUGUGGGGAACUGUAUGUGACGAUUACUGGGAUAACAAUGACGCUGCUGUCAUCUGUGGGAUGUUGGGAUUUUCAAGGAAAAACGCAGUUGCUAAGAGGAGUGCUUUCUUUGGAAAAGGAAAAGGAAUUAUCUGGAUGGAUGAUGUAGAAUGUGGUGAGGAUGACAGAAAUAUAGCGCAUUGUAAAAAACCGAAACUUGGGACUGAGAAUUGUAUACAUAGUGAGGAUGCAGGAGUUAUUUGUGUACCAGGCAAGUAUUAA